AAAAGUCGAAGUGAAUGUCAAGUUUUCUUUUACAUGAAUUGUUCGGCACCAAAGUGAAUAUCAAUAAAAAAAACAACAACAUAAAAUUUUCGUUCCCAUUUAACAAUGUUUCAUUCGAUUUUGACGCAUACGAAAAGUGAUAAAAAAAUGAAAUUUGGUUCUUUCGAUUUUCUGACGAUAUCAGUUUCAAUCAUCUGCGUUUCGGGUGCCUUGUGAUUGUUUGACGCAAUUUAAACGUACACAUUCUCAUUCUAAAAUCGAAAUUCUAUAUCGUGCUCUUCAAUUUUACCGAGUGUAUUUUCAGACACAUCGACUGAUUCAUUAUCGUCAUCGGCGUUUCUGUUUGCCGUCCGUCACUCGGUACAGGGGUGUUCAGACGAUAGAAGGUCGUUUAAGCGCGUGAACAAGAACGAUUAACGCAGUCAGAAAUCGUUUAGUUAUAGUCACUGAUAGAUAUAUAUACACGAUAUUCGUGAGAGAGAAAAUAGAGCCGUUGAUACGGGAACAUAUAAACAAUAAAUAAACAAUUUAUAAUUGUACAUAAUAUACGAGUAAAGAGAACGGUAGCCUGGACUUUUACAAUGUCACCGCAAUUAAUCAACAAAGUAUUGAAUCAAAAUUGGUUUGUUUCAACACAAAUGAAAGAGAUCCGUCGAUCAGCAACAGUAUUGGAAACAACGAAAGCCUUUCAAGUAUUGCAUUGCAUUGAAAAUGCGGCGGCCAAAUUCAUUCGUACAAUGAACCAUCGCCAUCACAGGACCAUGCUUUGCGUCAUUGUAUAUUGUUUAGUACUUAGUCUGAAUUCAAUAAAAUAUGUGAACUGUGAUAUUGAACCACAUCCCGUGGACAAUGGAUUCAAUGAUGAUGAUGAUGUUGCGGCUGUCCAGCACAUUCCGGUGGCCAAUAAACCGAUUGAGACAGUGAAUGGAAAUAAUGUGAUUAGUUCGGCUGAUAAUAUAAACAAAAGUAAUAAUUAUGAAAACAUAUUGGGCGAUUCAAAUUUUUUGCGUGCAUUUAUUGCAUCGUUAGCGAUGAUUGUUGUGUCUGAAUUGGGUGAUAAGACAUUUUUUAUCGCUGCAAUCAUGGCAAUGCGACAUCCUCGGUUGAUUGUGUUCACGGGGGCGAUAGCCGCACUUGCACUCAUGACUAUUUUAUCGGCUGUUUUCGGACAAUUGGCGAACUUAGUACCACGCGUCUAUACAUACUAUAUAUCAACAGCUUUGUUCGCUAUAUUCGGUUUGAAAAUGCUUCGUGAUGGUUGGUACAUGUCACCGAACGAUGCGCAAGAAGAACUGGAAGAGGUUCAAUCGGAUUUGAAGAAGAGAGAAGAUGUGUUCGAAAAAGAAACGGCUACAUCAACCACACUUUUACCGGACGUGGAAAGCGGUGUUGUUACUGUUACCGAAGAUGCACAAGUUGAUGUGAACAUAACAAGCACACCAACACCAACACGCAAACCGAAAUCGAAAAAUAACAAAUCGAUCCUAGCACGUGUUGUUAUCCAAGCAUUUACGAUGACAUUUUUAGCCGAAUGGGGCGAUCGUUCACAAUUGGCCACCAUCAUUUUGGCGGCACGUGACAAUGUUUAUGGUGUUAUUGUUGGAGGUGUAUUGGGACACUCACUCUGUACUGGUCUAGCUGUGAUUGGCGGCCGAAUGAUUGCACAGCGCAUCUCCGUUCGAACCGUUACCAUUGUCGGCGGAAUUGUGUUUAUAUGCUUUGCAUUUAGCGCAUUUUUCAUUAGUCCAAAGGAAGACGACGAUCCAAUUAUAAAACCAUAAUUAACGGCCACAUCGCUUUUAAUCAGCAAUUUGACGACGCAACAAAUGCCAAGCGAAUUUAUUCUUAAUGGAUAUGCUAAUUUUACAAAAUUUAAUUCACAUCAAAUGUAUUUGUAAUUCGCCUUACAAUCAAAUUUAUUUAUAAUUCGCAAGCUCAUUUGAACUUAUUAUUUCUUUUUAUCAUUCAUUUAAGUUGAUCUUGCGAACGAACGACAAGAAAUACCUUGAGGCUUUAACAAUUUGUACGAUCGAAAUUAGUAAACAAAAGAAAAUUAUGUAAAACAGUAAAUUGUGUGUGUUAGAUCAGUUUA